CAACUACGAGAAGCUGAUGAUCAAUUCUUAAACGCCUCAGCGAGGUUGAAGCGAUAGUCUUUUAGAAGUAGCCCUAUUCUAUUGUAGUGUCGUCUAAAUUUUAAUUUUUUAUCAAGCUUAUUUGCAGUCUUUGAAUUCUCAUUGAAGAUGGCAGCUGUUGGACAAAUGAAUGUAAUCCGUCAUGACCAAGAGAACGAGAAUUUACUAGCUGGGAAAGCUAAAAUUUCCAAGAACGCGAGACCUCGUGCAGCUCUAGGUGACUUGGGAAACAAACCUACAGCGCUCACGAGUAAGACCGCUACGAACCUUGCCGUUGGCGCUAAACCCAAAAGAACUUUACAAAGAACCGAAGGAACGAGUGGCUUGCUCUCGAAGCAAGCGAAAGACAAUGAAGCUAAACAACAGAAAAUGACGAUUGAUAUGGGUGUUGUCAGUGAAGCGCUGGAAUCUUGUAUGUUCGCAACGAAACCGUCAGAUGUCGUAGAUAUCGAUAAAGAUGACUACUCUAAUCCCCAACUUUGCGCUGAAUACGCUCAAGAAAUCUACCAGUACAUGCACAAAUUGGAGCGUAAAUUCCACGUCAACCCAAGAUAUAUGAGCCAAAGGACGACAAUAACCGAUAAAAUGAGAGCCAUCCUCGUUGACUGGCUUAUUCAAGUUCACAAUCGCUUCCGCCUGUUGCAGGAAACCCUCUACAUCACAGUUUCUAUCUUGGAUAGAUUUUUAUCGAUAUAUGAUCCCACAAAGGACGAACUUCAGUUAAUUGGUGUUAGUGCUAUGCUUCUGGCCUGCAAGUACGAGGAGAUGUACUGUCCAGAGAUUAGCGAUUUUGUUUACAUCACAGACAACACAUACAAAAAGGGUCAGAUAAGGAAAAUGGAGGGUAUUAUUUUCAAACAACUUGAGUUCAGUGUUGGAAAGCCUCUAUGUCUUCAUUUCUUGCGGAGAAAUUCCAAAGCUGGCGAGGUUGAUGGAGUAAAACAGACCAUGGCAAAGUAUUUCAUGGAGCUUUCCCUAGUGGACUAUGGCUGUAUGAAAUUUCUCCCAUCUGAGAUUGCAGCAGCUGCAUUGUACAUUGCAAUGAAAGCAGAUGAUGGAUCAGAGUGGACACCCACUUGUGAAUAUUACAGCAUGUACCCAGAAAGUAAACUACUGCCUUGUGCCAGAAGACUUGCCUCUCUCAUCACUAAGACUCUUGAUGGAAAUGCUAAGCUUAAGGCAGUUUACAACAAAUAUUCAACCCCCAAGUUCAUGGAAAUCAGUAAACGGUCUUGUCUGAAAUCAUCUUUUGUGAUGAACCUUGCUGCUGAAGACUUGCAAUAGAUUAUUAUUAGUGUUUAUAAAUUAAUAUAGCUAUAUUACUCUCAGAUAACUUAAUGAAUUAUUUGGCUUCAUGAAGACAAGCAUCAAAAGCUGAAUAGGGUUUGCUUGAUUUUUUUCACACUUACAGAAUUGUACUAACAAUACCACUGAUCAAUUAAGUAUAAUCUACAGCUUUUCACAAAGUUUACUUAUUUCCAGACAUUCUGUAAUUUUCACUUAAUCUGUUUAAAGAGGCUAAAUAUGAGGUUGUCACAAGCUUGGCAAUAGUGUAUAACAAUCUCUCUUGCAAUCUGUAAAUAUGUGUUUGUCUGGAUUUCUUGAGUAGAGAUGUGAAUUAGACAUCAGAGAAAGACUUGGAAGAAACUGAAUGUGAAUGUAUAUUGAAACCCAAUCAUCAAAGGUGGUUGAAAAUGCACUUUGGAAACUUUGAAAUGAUGUAAAUGUUCUUUAAUCUUUAUUUUUAUGAUUUGUUAGAUAAGUUGUGUUGUUUGUAGAAUUCCAAAUUUUCAUUUUGUAACAGGUUAUAUAUUUUGUAAAUAUCAUAAAAGUUAGCUUCAUUUAUUUUCAAUAAACAGUAAUCUUUACACCUGUUAGUCA